AUGUCGAUUUGUAGAGGUCCUAUAAAUGUUCAUAAGAAGGGACUAACGUCGGCAGUGUAUGACGUCCAUGGACGGCGUAUCGUGACCGGCGGAGCAGACGGGAAACUAAAGAUUUUUGAGUCGCUUGAUGAUGCUAGCCCUAUGGAACAUAUUGUUGGUGAGAAAAUAAAUGCUCUUGCCUGUCGUUAUGAUAAUGUAGUUGUGGCCACUGAAGGGACGUACGUUCACAUUCUUCAAAUGGAGGAUGGACUUCCGGAUGGUGUAGCCACGCGGUUCACUGCGGAAGUCAACCAUCUAGCCAUAAACAAGGACCUGAAUAAGAUAGUCAUGUGUAGUAGUGACUUUUCAAUUAAAGUUGUCGACUUCACAGUGCUUGACGGAGACCGCGAAGUGGUUUUCAAAGGGCACCAGGGUGCCGUUUUAAGUGUUGCUUUUGAUCCACUUGAUAUAUUCAUUGCUUCUGCGUCAUGUGAUGGUAGUGUGCGUGUAUGGAAUUUAAUGAGUGGCAAGGAAACCAAGUCUAUCUCAACGUUGGCAAAAUGUAAUGACCCUCUUUUGGCUCCAAGUUACUGCAGAUUAUGCUGGGAGAGUACACUUGGAAAGUUCCUACUAGUCCCGGUUGACAGAGAAAUUCGAAUGUUCGAGCGAGAGUGUUGGAGCUUACUUUGCUCGUUGACUUGCCCUUCUGUAUCUGAAGCGUUCCUCGUCUGUGCUUCUUCACAAGAUGGCGAACUUAUUUCAGGUGGAACGUCAGAUGGGUGGAUUAUUGUGUGGAGAGUUGAAGACAGACAUGCUAUACACCGCAUUCGUGAUCCUUCACAUAGUCGAAUUUGUAGCCUAUCCUGGCAUCCACAUCAAGGUAGAAAUCUUCUAUUCGCUAACGAAAAUGGGUCAGUAGGACUUAUCAGUACACCAGAUGUGCAGCCUUCUUCUAAUGAUGCUUUAUCACCAAAUAGGAUAGCUGAAUUAAUGGGUUGUGAUGAAGAUGGGGAUACAGCAGAUUUGUUAAGCGCCGCUGCAGCCCAGGCCGAAUCCAGUAGACUUGUAAUUGAUGAUGAAGCCGCUAAUCAUUUGAAAAUGGAUGAUAGUGAUUCAGAUUCAAUAGACUUAUCCCGAAUUAAGUCUGGUUACAUGUCUCUCAAUGAUGAAGAGGAACAGAAACCAGACCUAGCAAAAAUCGAGAUUAAAUCAGCUGUUCCUAUCACAGAAGGUGAUAUUUUUCAAAGAAGGGAUAGUCUUCCGAUUUCAUCUUUACAGAAACCUUUCCAACCAGGAGCAACACCAGUUGGCUUUCGUGAACGUUUCAUGGUAUGGAAUAGAAUUGGUAUCGUGACACAAUUUAAGGAUACAGAUGAUUUUCAAAUAGAGGAGGAAACUUCAAAUCAGUCUACUGGAGGAAGUAUAGAAGUUGAAUUUCAUGAUAGUAGUCUUCAUCACAGUUUACGAUUAUCCAAUAACUCUGGCUAUUCUAUGGCGGAUCUAAGUUUAACUGCUUUAUUACUAGCAUCUAAAGGCUCGGAUGAUUCCAACUUGGAAGAUUUAAAUCAGGAUGAACAAGAGGAGUUAUAUGACCUUAGUCGGAUUGCAGUAUUACCCCUGGAUGUUGGCAGUACAAACGUUGUUACUGAAGAAAGUCGGAAUCGAACGGAGAGUCCUGGUUAUGCUGUUAUCGCUACCUCUAAGCGUUUGUUACGCAUUUUUACUCAACCAUCUUCAUCUGUAUCUGUACAACGUUCAACUAAUUUGCAUCUACUUCAGAUAACUAGAUUAGGUUUGCCACCUGUUUGCCUUGCUGGUCAGCAUACUGUUGUGAUGGCGAGUCAUCCUACAAGUCCUGUCCUAGCUGUAGUAACAUGUAAUAUAGUAGGUGAGUUGGAAUGGAGAGUGUUUUACCUGGGUGGAAUUAUGUUAGGAUCGAAUCGAACGCCAGCCCCAUUAUGGAUACAAAGUGCUUUAUCUAUUUGGCAGCCUUUACCACUUAGUCCUCCAGGAAAACUUUCAAUGGCCUGCGACAAUACACUGAUUCGUUUAAUGUGGUUUGGUUUCUCUGAUACUGGAGGAUUAUUUACGUAUGACUCAAACGGGGUUGUACGGCGUCUCAUUCAUGGUCGUUCUCAAAAACACCCAGAAUUUCAUUGGAUUCCUGUUUGUGAUACAAGAAGCAUAUUAAAGCAAGGCAACAGACGAACAGAUAAUUAUUUUGUUGUUGGAGUCUUAGAGUCUUGUGAAUCAAUGGAAAGUUUACCUUCUGAAGCUAAGAAGGAUCAAAAUCCAAUACCGUUGGAUUUGUGGCCUAGAGUUUUUCCUCGACCUGUAGUAUCAAAUCUACCUUUUCGUCUACCUCUAUGUUCGUUGAAUACUGAUCAAGGUGAAUUGGAGGAAAAUUAUCUACAAUGUUUAAUUAACGAAGAUUGGCCAGUUUGGGGUCCGAACGCUAAUAAUGCGGAUGAAGAGAUACUAUUGCAUUUAUCUUCUCUAAAUACAAAAUCUUUAACCAAACGAAAAGCAGUUCUACUACGUUUAUUCGCGCUGGCAGCAAAACUCGAAUCCGACUGGGCUAGCAUUGCAGUUGCUCAUCUAAUGCCAGAUGCAGCAACGGUUCAGCUUGCUAUUAGGUAUGCUGGUCGACUAAGACGUCAAAAUCUCGCUCAUCGUUUAGCAGGUGUUGCAUUGGAGAAAGAACGCCAGGUAUCAGAGCGUGUUGAUGAUGAAGAUGAUUGGGAAGGUACACCACGGAAUUCAACAUAUCAGGCCAAGUCAAACAGGUAUCCUAAUAAUCUGUCAAGUUAUACUCCGUCGAAUGAUCAAAUAAGUUAUCGUUCUAAAACUUACAGAUCUGAAGAAGAGUUUGAAAGUCAUGGUCCAGUAGAUACUUCACUGGUUAGUUCAGGUACUGAUGAUACCUAUGAUGAUGUUGCUGUUGGAAGUUUACCCUUGAUAGACUCUGAGCCUAUGUCUCAUUCUAUGUUAACUCCUAGCUCUUCACGAAAUCCAUUCAAGUCUUCUUCAAAAGAAUCUGCACCUCGACCAAGUGCUCAUGGAACACAGGUUUUAGACGUAUGGACACCUAAACUGAGUGAUACUAAUGCAAAAAUCACUCAGAAGUCUAGUAUCAACAAACCGAAACAGAAUAGGAAACGCACAGCAACUACAUCUCAACGUCUUAAGUUAUCUAAAAGUAAAUCAAUUGAUGUGACUGAGAAUAAUCAAGAGUUUACUGAUUGGUUUGAAGAGAAUCGAGAAACAUUAGAAGAAAGUUAUCCAGAAGUAUCAGUUGAAGAACUUGUUCAAAUCGCUCGAUCUGAGUUUUAUUCUACAAAAAAUCCGAAAAAUGAUGUUGCUAACGGAAUAAAUGAAGAUGAAUAUGAUUCUAAAGAGAAUUUACAACAAAAGUAUUGUAAUAAGCGCCGUUUAAGUCAAAAUGAUGAUAUGAAUCCUAGUAUAUCAAAGAAAAAAUUAUCUGAAUUUUCAGAGAAAGCAUCCAAAAAUUGUUAUCAUUUACUUUCCCUGAGAAUUCAUUAA